AUGUGGAGGCAGGUGACCAAGUGGGGGGAAAAGAAGUGAGGAGGUCUGGCAUGCAGCCAGCAAGAGAUGACAAGCAAAAAAAAAGCAAAAAAAAAAGAAGAGAGAAAAGUUGUGAAACAUCUGGAGGGACGAUCCUGGGAAGAAUUCAGCUCGCUGGGGUUCUGCUGAAACACUGUGUUCCCUCUGCGUGUCUGCGUAGCCCGUUUGCCUUCCUGCUCGUCUCCCUCUCUGUCUCCCAGCCGGUUGUCUCUCCUCCUGGCUGGCGCUGCAAUGUGGCUGUCUCUGCAGUGAAAGUGCUGGCUGGCAGAUUCUCCUUGUGUGAACCCUGACUCUGCGCAGUGAGAGUUUGCCGCUCUGCUUCCGUCCCGUCCCACACUGACUCAGCUGUGAAGCCAGCCGCCGGGCCACAGGAGCAGCAGCGUUUUCCACAUGAGUGCAUUUGAAGGUUUCCAAGAGACUUCAAGACUAUAGCAGCCCUGUUUUGGUGGGGGGCGAGGAUUCCAGCCUCCAAAUUUUAUCCCACACAUCUGGAAAACAGAGUUGGGCUGAAGUGAUUCCAGUACCAAAGUGAGCUGGAACCAGCUGCCAUGGAAGUCCGGUGGACUGGGGUCGAACGCUCCAAGCUGGGCUCUCCAUAUGCAGCCUUCACUUUGCUGCUUGGUGUUUGGUCUGCUCAGGGCCUGGAGAUGUCAGUGGGAAAAAUUCCCUUCCUGGAAGCAGUGAACGGCAGCACAGUCAUGCUGCCUUGCACAUAUGCCAGCUGCAUCGGCAUCAAAGACCUGUAUUUUAACUGGCAAUACAACGAUAAUGGCACAAUGCAAAAGGUGUGUGACGCUGUGAUACCAACAGAGGACGUGGUGCCAGAUGUGAAAGUGUUCAGAGAGAGAGUGGAGUUUAUCGGAAAGAACCACAAAAACAACAUCUCCAUCUUGAUAUGGAACAUCACCUUCGAGGACGGAGGCCUGUACACGUGUUUCGGGCGCAAUCCCAAAGAGAAGAACAAGAACCACAGUGCAGUUUUCCACCUUAUUGUUGUGGACGAAUUAAGGGUGGUGGACAACACGCUGACCAUCAUUAUAGCCUCAGCUGUCGGUGGAGCCAUCGCGUUCCUGAUGGCCUUCAUGUUGCUCAAGAACUUCACUCUCUUUGUUCUUGCCAAACUCGAGGAGAAAAAUAAGGAGUGCCUUGUCUCUUCUUCAGGGAUCGACAACACUGAGAACGGCCUCUCAGGAUCCAAAGCUGAUUCCAAACCAACGCCAAAAAAGAAAUGAGGCUGGGGGGGCAUGUAAAACUAAAACGUAACUCAGAUUUAGAUCAUAUUUGCUGAUAUUUCUAAAUACAAAUGUGUUGUCGGGCCAUUGUGUCUAAUUUAAUAACUCUGAUCAUGAGGUUUGAAUGAGAAUGAUGCACAUAAAGAUACCAAAUGUGCUGUAAGUGGUAACUGUGCAAAUGAUAUACAACUAAAGAUUGUGCAAAUAUUGAACGCAUACAUACUUGUGCACAAUUAUGUUUGAUUAAGUUGCAAUUGUGAUUAAUUCAAACAAACUUAUUUAAGACGAAUAGCUAAACAACAAAGCAUUACGGCAAGUAAUUCUACAGUAAGCUUGAAAUUAAUUUGUAGAGGAAACAUAAAAUCAGAUCUAACAGACCUAUUUCAUAAUUUWAAAAAAAAUACCUGAUGUAGGACAAGCACAGGUGUAUUAAGGUCCUUUUUCCACUAAAUGAAGACGGUUCUAAGAUUUUACAUUUCAUUCAACACUUCGGAAUGUCACUGAAUCAUGUCAACUUUGCAAAAACUCAUUCUUUUUUUAAGUGUUUUUUAGUGUUUUAAGAGUAGAAUGCAAUGUUUUCAGACAAUCUGCUCAUUUUCCUUACAAAUAUUAGAGAUUUCUGCAUCUCUGCCAUCAGUUUCAGCCAUGGUAUAGAAGAGGAAACAACAUAAGUAUUUUAUGAGCCUAUCAGUAGCAUUUGUUUUUUUUACUGAGCACUGUGACCUGCCCAGCACACUACCCUUUGCAUCCUGAAUUUUAAUUAGGCACAGCACUCUGUGCACAUACCUCUAAUUAGACAGAAGUAUCAUGGACACAAUCCGAUCAUCUGGGUUUUAUUUAUUUUAAUGCAACUGUAAUGUAUUUAUUAUUUAUUUAUUUAUAAGGCGCACCUAA